GAUUGGAAUUAUGCGGUGAUUAUCGAUGCCGGAUCAACUGGAUCGAGGCUUUAUCUCUAUCGGUUUAGAUCAGUUUCCGAGAAAUUAUUAAUUGAUAUUCGUCCAGCUUAUGACAAUAUAAGACGUCAUGUUAUUAAAAAGAUCAAUCCUGGUUUGUCAUCAUUUGCCGAUAAUCCUGAAAAUGCAACAGGCAAUUUUUUUGAUUUAUAUUAUUUAAAGCCAUUGUUGGAUUAUGCUAUUCAGUUUAUUCCGUUUGAUAAAGUAAAAUUUACAUCAUUAUUCAUUUUUGCAACUGCUGGCAUGCGCCUUAUUCCAGUUCACAAACAAAAUUUGAUUUUGAAGAAUUUGCACGAGAAUCUUUCUGCAGUUGUACCUAUGCAAGUAUUACCUGAACAUAUACGUGUAAUUAGUGGAGAUUGGGAGGGAAUAUAUUCAUGGAUUGCAGUAAAUUAUGUUCUCGGGCGGUUAGACUUUGUUUUCUUUAGUUUAAAUCAAAUAUUUUUCGCUUUCAGUUUUAAAAAAGAUGAAAAUUUUCGUAAACCUACUGUUGGAAUAAUUGACAUGGGUGGUGGCUCUGUACAAAUCGCUGUCGAGACUAACCAAAGUGGCGAAGAAGACGAGUUUUCUCAAAAAAUAAAUCUCGGCUGUGACGAUAAUAAUGACGUUUUCAUGUAUCGAUUAUUCGUAUCAACAUUUCUUGGUUUUGGUGUUAAUCAAGGACUUCAAAAAUAUGAAAAUUAUAUGAAGAAUCAUUUAAUUCAGAAUAAUGCACCAUAUGUUCGCGAUCCAUGCUUGCCUAAAAAUCUUGUAAAGCAGAUUCACAUGGAGAAUGGGUCAAUUUUUACGAGAAAGGGUUAUGGCAGUUGGGACGAUUGUUUUGACCAUUUGGUAAAAUUGUUGGCUGAACAAAAUCAAAAAGUGGAAUGUGUCAAGCGCAAUUGUUUGCUGGGCAUGGUGCGUGCUCCAAAUUUGUCUCUAUCUAAUACUGAAUUGUAUGGAUUUAGUGAAUAUUGGUUUUCAAUGGAAGAUGUACUUUCAUUGGGUGGUUCAUAUAAUUUUACGACGUUGGCACAUGAAGCUCGCAAAUUUUGUGCUCAAAAAUGGUCUACAGUUUUGUACCGUUGGCGUAAUAGACUUUAUCCAAAAGCAGACAAAGAACGAAUUCAAAUGCAGUGCUUCAAAUCUGCGUGGAUCUCAGCAAUAUUACACUUUGGUUUCCAUGUUGACAAAUAUUUUAAUAAUUUUAAAUCAGUGCUGCUUAUUGAAGGCCAAGAAGUUCAGUGGACACUUGGAGCGUUAUUGUAUCAUCUGAGAUAUUUUCCGUUAAGGGAUAUUCAGAAGCAGCGACUUCUAGAAAAAAAACGUCGUCAAAAUGUAACAAAUCGCGGAAUAAUUUAUUUAUUACCAUUAAUUAUUUCUGUAUUUGCACUAUUUGUUGUUUGGUUUUCGUUACGACGUAGUAUUCUUAGACGCGAACGGUCGAUGUGGGGCUAUAUGAUGUUGUCUCAGAACGAUUCAUUUGCACCAUAA